CUCCUCCCCACCACCCUCCCCCAAUUUUCUUUUAAUUUCCCUUCCUCAAGUUCUCUGCGACAUUUUCACAAACAUCCAAACGGCAUCCCGUCGACGUACUUCCCAUUUAUUAUAUUUUUCUUAAUGUGGGACUUUGAGCUCGUUUUCAACAAGAAUCGUAUCCCAACGUUGCUAACAUUAUCUGUUUGGUUGUCUUCUUCUUUUUUCUUUAUAAUCUAUCCAUGAAAUGAAGAACAGGGGAAGAAGUAACAGUGGUUCUGUAAUUGGGUAUGGGGGCUUUUUGGGUUUUUCAUGGCGGCUUGUAAUUUGCUAGGUGACUACGACAACUCUCUUAGCGUGAAUGGCACAGAGAUUGGUAUCCUCAAAGAGCCCCACGAGAUACGCCUCGGCAGCCUCCUAGAGAGCAACGACUGCACUGCUCUGGAACCUGAGAUCGGUCUUGAAAUCCUAAGCGAUCUCUCGCACAAGGCUCUGGAACGGAAGCUUUCGGAUCAAGAGCUCAGUACUCUUCUGGUACUUCCUGAUCUCUCUCAGAGCCACAGUUCCCGGCCUGAAACGGUGAGGCUUCUUCACUCCUCCGGUGGCCAGUGCUGAUUUACGAGCAGCCUUGGCGGCAAGCUGCUUCCUUGGUGCCUUGCCUCCGGUCGACUUACUGGCUGUUUGCUUAGUACGAGCCAUCUCAGGGAACAACAGUGAGAUUCUAAGGAAUUUUGGGAGAGGGGGGAAGCGGUAACUUUCGAAAUUUGCGGCGCUUCUCAUCGCCGUCGGUGAGAAGAGAGAGUGCAGACCAAAUUCAAUUCAAAAUUGAAAUUCAGGGGUUUUAGGGUGAAAUUGAAAUACACAUAUUUUACUCUU